AUGGAUUCGGUUGUCAUCGACUUUACAUCAACCACCCCGGCAACUGCUGAAGAGAUCUAUCAUUCUACUACAGGAUCUACAGACGCCGACAAGACUUUCCAGCAGGUAACUAAAGGCCUUCAGCGAUUGUCAGUCAGCCUCGAGUCAGAAAUUCCUCCAGAGCGGCUUGAUGCCAGCUCCCAAUCUCUCAAUGAUCUCACGUCUGAGUGUUCAGUCGUCGCGGAUGAUUUGCUCGAGCUUCUCAAGGGACUACAGGCUAAGGAUCCGUCCACCAAGUGCCAGACCAUGGACCUCAAGACACCCCAAGACCAUGUGGAUGCUAUUCGCUAUGGGGAAUGUAACAUCUUUUGGGACCGACGCCAUUCACCCGCUGCGCAGAGUUGUCAAAAUUUCGGGGUCUGGAAAAUCGACCUUGAUGAGGUUCUUACACGAAAACGCUCAGAGAAGAGUAGCACUUCAAUGCAGGACAGACGACAAAGAUCUGGUGCUGGCCCACUUCUCUCUGGAGAUCUGGCACUAGGUUGCAGAAAAUCUUCGGAAGGACUGAUCCGCAGCCUACUUUACUCGAUUCUCGCAGAAUUUCCGGACCUGAUUCUAAAGGUGCCGCCGAAGCAGGGGCAAAGGACGGAGGAUAUGUUCCAUGCAAUAUCCACAAUCUCAUUUGAUUCGAUUGAGCUCGAGAACGCCUUUGAUGUUCUCAUGGAUGCAUCCAAUACAUUCGGGAGUCACCGAUUAGCUCUCUUCAUUGACGGCCCAGACGAGUUCGAACCCGAGGGAAUGCGAUAUAGGGAUAUCUCGUCGAGGGACAUUCAUCGCUUAGAUAUCUUCUCGAAGAAUGAGGAUUUUCAAAAUUUACAUGUGAAUCAGCAGCAAUUCCAGUGGCUUCGAAAGACAAUUGCUGAAAAGUGUGACGGGGGGUUCCUUUGGGUAGCACUGGUCCUGCGAAACCUUGCAGAAAGCUGGAUCGCAGGCGACCGGCUUACAGAUCUCCAAUCAACUAUCUUGACACUUUCCACGAAGCUCGAGGACUUGUCGGCCAAUCUUCUAAACUCGACUAAGCCGCCAUAUUAG